AUGGAUGAUGCCUUGAAGAAGCUAAUGCUGAGCAAUUCAGAAAUUUCGAGCAUUGGAAUCGCCGACCUAGGUUGCUCCUCUGGUCCCAAUAGUCUCUUGUCCGUCUCCAACAUCAUCGACACAAUCCACAACUUGUGUCCUGACCUCGACCGCCCGGACCCUGAACUCAGAAUCUCUCUCAAUGACCUCCCUAGCAAUGACUUCAACUCCAUAUUUGCUUCGUUUCCGGAGUUUUACGACCGGCUUAAUAAGAGAGACAACAAUAGCAAGGAAGGUUUAGGGUUUGGUCGCGGAUCGUGUUUUGUGUCGGCGGUCCCUGGCUCCUUCUAUGGACGUUUGUUUCCUCGCCGGAGCCUUCACUUUGUUCAUUCUUCUUCUGGUUUACAUUGGUUGGCUCAGGUUCCAUGCGGUGAGGUGGAGAAGGAAGAUGGAACAAGUGAUUUUGACAACAGAGGGAAAAUAUACAUAUCAAAGACAAGUCCUAAGUGUGCACAUAAAGCCUAUGCUCUUCAAUUCCAAACCGAUUUCUCAGUUUUUCUGAGAUCACGUUCUGAGGAGUUGGUCCCUGGAGGCCGAAUGGUUUUAUCAUUCCUCGGUAGAAACACAGCGGAUCCUACAACCGAAGAGAGUUGUUAUCAAUGGGAACUCCUAGCUCAAGCUCUUAUGUCCAUGGCCAAUGAGGGUAUCAUCGAAGAAGAGAAGAUCGAUGCUUUCAAUGCUCCUUACUAUGCUGCGAGUUCGGAAGAGCUGAAAAUGGCGAUAGAGAAAGAAGGGUCCUUUUCGAUCGAUAGGCUUGAGAUAAGUCCGAUUGAUUGGGAAGGUGGGAGUAUCAGCGAUGAGAGUUAUGACCUAGUGCGUUCCAAACCCGAAGCAGUAGCCAGUGGACGAAGAGUAGCUAAGACCAUACGAGCCGUGGUCGAGCCGAUGCUAGAACCUAUAUUCGGCCAAAAUGUGAUGGACGAGCUUUUUGAAAGGUAUGCAAAUAUCGUGGGAGAGUACUCUUAUGUCAGCUCCCCCCGAUACGCUAGUGUUAUUUUAUCGCUCGUUAAAAUGGGUUGA